UUUUUAUUUCAUGUUUUGUCACUUUAUGUAUUCAUGAGUUUUUUUCUGCUUUUCAGAUUAGGAGGAAAAUAAUGUGUUUGAUGGCGGAACGUCGUGAAAUUGGUGCUAAUAUGAUGAUUCCAUUAACCCCUGAGUGUGAAGAAAAGCUUGUGGCUCUUCAAGAUGAAGGUUUGGCUUGGGAAGUAUUGGUUGAUAGUCCUACCGUGUUUGAAGUUAUUAGUGAAAGGUCUCACAUGGUGGACCUCGAACACGAGACUUGUACCUGUCAAAGGUGGCGUGUAUAUGGUUUUCCUUAUGCUCAUGCUCUUGCAUCCAUACGCAAGAUUAAACGUGAGGCUAUUGAUUUCAUUUCACCGUAUUUUACAAGCGACUAUUUUAGGAAGACUUAUAUGCAUGCCAUCCAGCCGAUUCCCAACUACAACAGGCAUGUUGAAUAUCAUCCAGACGACACCAUCAACCCGCCUACCGUGAAGAAGCAACCAGGUAGACCACCAGGGAAAAGGAUUAUAAGUAAAGGUGAGAAGAAGGUGAAGAGGAAAGUUCGUUGCAGCAAUUGCAAGGAAACAUGUCACAACAAGGCAGGUUGCGGGAAUCCUCAGAAGUUCACACCCCACUAG